GUUGCAAGCGCCGUUACUUCACUAAGCGGCAUAAUUGAAAAUAGAAUAAAUAAAGAAAAGUCAUCAAGAAAAGACACCUGGUGUUUAUAGAAAAAUACUGAGGAAUUUACACAGAAAUCAACAAAAAACUAAGAAAAUGAGAUUGACAUAAAAUGAACUAGAAGAACAACCAAAAAGAAAAUUGAAAAAGUGGACAAAUUAAAUUGCUUUAGAAAACAGAUUGAGCCGCUUGUAAAGACAAAUUAAAUACUAAAACUAAGAAAGGAGUAUUUUAACAAAAAGAAGACAAUAAUUUAAUAUAAAAAAGAUCUCCCUUUUUAUUGUUUGUGAAGAGAUAAUUGCAUAGAAUACAAACUGCAACAAUUUUAAAAUGGCGCCCACAAAGAGUACCCGUGCAGUUUCCAAGCAAUCCGUGGCCACCAGCACCCUGACAACCACACUUAUGCCCCUGGCACGCAAAGGCCUGACCAGGCGUACGGCCGGCAAUGUACAAGAUCAAAAUGUUGAUAUAAUGCAAACACGGGCUAAACGUAAAGCUGAACACAGUCCACAGAAAAAUGACAAAAUUAAGCGUUCAGCUUUGGGAAAUCUCACGAAUAAUGUUAACAACAAUAACAAAAUGACGCUUUUGCAUACCGAAGAAGAUGCCAAACAGCAACAAAUGAUGAAAAAGAAAGAAUUGGUACAAAAUCUAUUUGGACAACAAAGUGCUGCAGCAGUACUAUUAUUGAAAGAAACGCAGAAUCUCAUACUUCAACAGGCGUCGACACAGGUAGCUCAACAAAAGCCGGCUGCCCCUUUAGCCACCAAAGUAGCAACAAGAGCAUCCACACGCGUCCACAAAGAUGUCAGCAACAUAACCUCAAAAGCAGCCUUCGAGGAACAGACCAAUAAACUUUUGUCUAACUGCCAGGCGGCAAAAUUAAAAGUUAAAGACGAACCUCCAGCAGCUCCUUUGGCACCACUUCAACAUCAUCAAGUACAAAAAGUGGCUAAUAAACCUGUUCGCCGUAUAUCCAAUGAAUUUAAUAAGACUGAAGAAUCUUUGUACAUGUCGGCUUUGGAAGACAUUUCCGGCUGUGAUUCCAUGCGGCUGUCGGCAAAUUUUGAGGCUGCCAAACGGAGGUCUGUUGUACUGCAACAACAAAAUAAAACAGAUGAUUCAAAACUCGAAGACGAGAAAGCUUUAGAGGUCGAGCAAUUUCCAGAGGGGGUCGAAGACAUAGACAAGACCAACUGGAAUGAUUUGUUCCUGGUGUCUCACUAUGCUCGUGACAUUUUCAAUUACUUGCAACAACGUGAAUCAGAAUUUCCCAUUGACGACUACAUGGAACGUCAGAUUCAUAUCUCGAAGUGGAUGCGUUCUCUGCUGGUUGACUGGAUGGUCGAGGUUCAAGAAACCUUCGAACUCAAUCACGAAACUUUGUACUUAGCCGUCAAGAUAGUAGAUCUAUUUCUAUGUAGAGAGCUAAUUAAUAAAGACAAAUUACAACUUUUGGGUGCCGCAGCUCUCUUUAUAGCAUGCAAAUUCGACGAAAGGACCCCACCCCUGGUAGAGGACUUCCUAUACAUCUGCGAUGGGGCAUACAAACACGAUGAACUCAUCAAAAUGGAGAUUACCACACUUAAAACUAUACAAUUUGAUUUGGGUAUACCACUGUCAUACCGCUUCCUCAGACGUUAUGCCCGCUGUGCCAAAACACAAAUGCCCACCCUAACUUUAGCCCGUUAUAUUUUAGAAUUAUCCCUGAUGGACUACGACUGCAUUAUGUUGAGUGAUUCGAAGAUGGCUUGUGCUGCUCUCUUUAUGGCGUUACGUUUACAUGGCGAGGCGAAACCCUGGUCGCCCACACUUAUCCACUAUACGGGCUAUCAACUGCAAGACUUUGCUGAAAUUGUUCCAAUACUAAAUGCUGGAUUACACCGUAAGCCCAAGGGUACCAUUAAAACCAUUAGAAGUAAAUAUUCGCAUAAAAUAUUCCAUGAAGUAGCUAAGGUUCCUCUAAUGACUACAGAGCAAUUAUUUGCAAAUAAUUUAGAUUUUGAUUUAAGUUUAACAACGCCAGAACAACAAAAAUUACAAAAACAACAACAAAGUGGUAGUAGUAGUGGGGAUAAGAAAACAUAAAAAGAAGACAAAACAUUUCAGAAAACAAAAAGAAAGGGAGAGCGAUGGAGGGACAUAAACAGUGGAGUAGAUAAACUAUAAUAUUAAUAAAAGUCACAAAAUAAAAUAUAAAAAUUUCAAAAUUCCAAAUUCUUGUCUGUCGACCAAAGAAAACUCGUAACUGUAUAUUAACUAAAAACAUAUGUUGAAGGAAUUAUAAGUAGUAAACGCAGAAUUUUUCUUAAGUUUCAAAAUUACAAUUGUGGAAACAGUUUAUUACUUAUCUUUAUAAAUUUGUUAAAGUUAUAUGUUUAAUAACUAUUUCUAGUUUUCGAAUUCAGAAACAUGCCAUUCUCAAUUUAAUUGUUUUUUAUAUAUUGCGAUCAUUUCUGAAACCUUUUCGUUAUAAAGCAGGACAGCUACCUACGUUUAUUAUCUUAAUUUUAAUACAUUAUCGAACUAAAUUUAAAAGAUGUUGAUCAAGUUUCAUGUAUUAAAAAAAAUAUAAAAUUUAAAAGUUUUAUAUUUAUUUUGAUUUUCUGUUUAAUUUGCUGAACAAUCUCUUUUGUAAAUUUCUUUUUUCGAGCAUUGUUUGGUAUUAAUUUGUCAAAACAUGUUUAUGUAAAUUGCAACAGCACAAAACAUAUUACAAAUACACGAAAUACGCAUAUAUUUAUGAUCGAUUAUGGUCGGUUUUUAUAUAGUUCAGACAUUUUUAAACUAGCUGUCUAUGUUUUAAGCUACUUUUAUCCCCAACGAGUUUUCCCUCCAUUUUUAAAUAUCUAGUAGUCUAUCUAUAUCUCUUUUAAAAAUAAUAUAUAUUUUUUUUCUAAUACUUCUUUCUCUCUUUCCAAUUUAUUGUUUAUUUCGUUAAGCAAUUUAUUUAUUUUAUUCUUCUAUAUAUUUUGUAAACCUUGUUUUAUUUAAAAACUCUCCACAACCACGAUCAAAUACCAAAAUUGACACAAAACUACCACUAACUCCAUAUAGACAAAUUAAAGCAUACACUACCAAAACUAAAUAAAAAACUGCACUAAAAUACGCUUCGCAACAUGAAACGAAAAUACAAAUACAAAAAAAAAAACAAACAAAACAAAUGCAUUAAGUCUCAUUAAGAAGUAAUAAUUUAAAAUUUAAGUUAUUAAUAUUAUAAUUAUAUUUUUUUCCUCUCAUCACUACACCUUCAUAAACUGAUUCAUUAUUAUUUUGUAACUUUUAUUUUCUAGUAAUAUUAAGUUGCAUUUAUUAUUUUAUAAAUUACUAUAUAAUUAAUACAAAACAACAAACAAAUUACACUUUAAUAAAUUAAAUAUCCAUAAUAUAUUACUUAACACAACAA